AUGCCCGGCAGACUUCGCCUUAUCCAGGAUGCCAGCAAGGGCAUCCACAGCGAGAUUAAAAAGCAGGGGGGAGAUAGGGUCUCCUUGCCUUACCCCCCUGGAGGCCCGAAAAAAGGGGCCUACUUCCCCAUUGAUAUUGAUCGCGGUGCUACCAGAUCGAACCAGUUGCAUGAUCCAGGAGCACCACCUCUCCUCAAAUCCGCGUCGCUGCAUCACUACCCUCAAGAAGGACCAAUCAAGACGCAGAUCCUGGAUGCGCCGGCGAAGGCAGCAGCGGUGGUGACCCGAAACCCUAGCUCCCCCAGCGGCCCGCCGUCGCCGGAGAUGGAGGCAAUCGCGGAGGCGCUCACGCGGGAGGAGGUGCUGCGCCGGAGGCGGCGGCGCGCAGCUCGGCUCCUCGCCGCGUACCGCCGGCUGUACUGGGCCAUGGCGGAGGAGGUGCGCUCGCUGCACCGGCAGUACGUCUGGGAGCUCGGGUGCAGCCCGCUCGAGGCCGAGCAGCCGAAGAGGAAGAAGUGUGGGGUGACGGGGUGCAAGGUGCGGGCGAUGGCCAUGGCCAAGUACUGCCACUACCACAUCCUCUCCGACCCCGAUCAGGUACUGUACAAGGGCUGCGGCCACAUGAUGAUCAAGAGUGGUGCACAGGCUGGGAAAAAUACCCAUAAUGUGCCUAUCCUCAAAGCAUCGGUUCCCUCCCUCUGCAAUGUUCACUUGCAAAGAUCUCAGAGGAAUAUAUCACAAGCUUAUAAGACAGUUGGAUUUAAUCCACCUCCCACCGGGCAGAUAUCCCCGAAUUUUAGCGUCUUGGUUGCCGAAUGUGUACGGAAGAUCCAGGCCCAAAGGAGAGAAUACCCAAGUGCCGCAGCAGGGAAGAAAUACCCUGACAGCGAUGGAAAAGUUAGAUGGGCUAUUCCCUGAGAUCUCUUUUCUUACAUAAACUGUAUGAGAAUGGCCGGCGU